AUGGAAGGGGCUCAAGACGUCGAACAAGACCUAAGAAUAAUUUCCAACUACAGAAACAUUCUAGACUCAGAAAAUAUAAUCAUUGGAGGAGACCUUAACGCAAAGAGUCCCUGGUGGGGUUGCGAUGUGGAGGAUAGACGGGGAACAGCUAUAUCGGAAUCAUUUGCACAGCUGGAACUACAUAUACUGAACACAGGGAAAACACCAACCUUCUGGGCACACAGAGGAAAUAGAGAUUAUACCAGCAUCGUCGAUGUUACUGCAUGUUCAAAUGAUCUACUCAACAAAAUAACGAACUGGAGAGUCAACCCUGAUUUUGUCACCUUAUCAGACCACAGAGCUAUAACGUUUAGUGUUAACCUCGAAAAAAUAACGGCAGAAGCCACUCAGAGACAAACUACACGUAUCUAUAAUACAGGGAAAGCAGAUUGGGCAAGUUUCACCCAUUUUCUGAAGGAGGAACUAAAAGUACUGAAGAUCACCGAGGAAUCCAUCACUGAAAUAGGAAACACAGACGCUUUAGAAGAUCUUGUACAACAAUACGUCGAUUGCAUUCUGAGAUCCUCCGACAAAGCUAUUCCAAAGCUGGCAAAAACCAUUAGCGCAAAGACUCCAUGGUGGACAAAACAACUAAGCGACAAGAAAAAAGAUGUAAUCCGAAAAAGAAGGAAAAUCAAACAUGCCAACCAGAACAGAAGACAAUCAGUGAUUGAAGAUUAUAUAACUGCUAAAGCAGAAUACAAAAAUCUCCUGACUGACACUCUCACUUCAAGCUGGAAAGACUUCUGUAAAAAACAAGACCGUGAAAAUUUGUGGCAAGGGAUAUACAGGAUUAUAAGGAAAUCGAGCAGAACUCCGGAGGAUACAUUGUUACGAGAAACGACAACUAGUAAGAUAAUGACCCCGGAAGAGUCUGCUAAAAUAUUAUCUGAAACUUUUUAUCCAUAUGACGAUAUCGAAACGGAUGAACAACCACACUCAGAGAUGCGACAAAAGGCUGAAACAAUCAAGAAAGAAUGGGCGAAGAUCACCAAAGAAGAUACCACAAAACCAUUCACAAACACUGAGGUAGAAUUUAUUCUUCAAUCAAUGAGCCCUCGGAAAUCGCCAGGAGAAGACAGUCUUACAGCCGACAUAUGUUACAAAGCUUAUGCGGCUCUUCCACAGAUACUCUUGGCAAUUUACAACAAAUGCCUUGCACUUGGACACUUUCCAAAAAUCUGGAAAAGCGCAAUAAUUAAAGUCAUCCCAAAGCCUAACAAGGAGAACUACACACUUCCAAAAUCAUAUCGGCCAAUAGGACUCUUACCUGUACUGGGAAAAGGGCUUGAAAAACUAUUCGUUAAUCGAAUGACCUGGCAGAUCGGCUCAGAAAAUAAAAUGAGCGGUCGGCAAUACGGGUUUGUCUCACAGAGAGGGACUGAGGACGCCCUAUGCGACGCCCUUGAGGUUGUCAGGCAGGGUUUAAAAAACAGUGAAAUUGUUGUGAUUGUCUCCAUUGACAUUGAAGGAGCUUUCGAUAACGCUUGGUGGCCCGCAAUGAUUAAUGAGCUUGAUAAGAAAAAGGUUGACAAAUCUGUAUGUAGGCUAAUCGGAAGUUAUCUCACAGAUAGACAAAUAAAAUUAACAUACGCAGGUAGUGAGAUAAUAAAACAAACCAACAAAGGAUGCAUACAAGGAUCUAUUUGCGGACCUUUGCUGUGGAACCUGCAACUUGACCCAUUACUAAGGGAGGUAGAAGAACUAGGCACCCACAUACAAGCGUACGCAGAUGACAUAUUAGUCAUUGCGAAAGGGAAAGCAGUAAAGGACCUAGAACAAGAACUUAAUACAGCACUUGAUCACAUACUUGCUUGGGCUAAAACUAGGAAGAUGAGACUGGCGGCUCAGAAGACGCAAGCCAUCCUACUAACUAGGAAAUUAAAAUAUGAAACUCCAUCGUUAUCCCUCGAUAAUAAAGCAAUAACGUUCUCUAACAGCAUAACAAUCCUUGGACUCACGAUAGACGCCAAUCUCAACUUUGUAAAGCACGUAGACGUAGUAACGGAAAAGGCAAUUCAGCUUUACAAAAAGGUCUCAAGAACGGCACGAGCCAAUUGGGGUCUUAAUUCUGAAAUUCUCAGAACAAUAUACAUAACAGUGGUCGAACCAACAAUCUUAUAUGCGGCGGGGGCAUGGGGCACAACGGCCAAUAAAAAGCAAAUAAAAACAAGACUCGACAGAAUCACCAGAACUUUUGCAAUAAUGCACCCAAUGUUCGAAGACAUGUCGGAAACAGCUUGGAACAAGCUCUUCUAUGUCCUUGCUUAG